CUGUUUCCGGGUUACUUCUGUUUCGCACCCAUGUAGUUAGCAUUGUGGUAAUUGCUCAUUAAAUCGUUUCUGUUCUUGUUUUAAAGGCUUAGCUUACUCGAUAUUAAAAAAAAGUUCGUCUUUUUAACACAGUGACUUAGUAGGAGGUGUGUCGGUCCUCGGAGAUGUUUGUAACAGAAUAAGCUAAUGUAGCUAACAUUAGCUUUCAGCAUUACAUCACAUCUGUUUAACUUCACGACUACCUCACAGGCAGGUGAUGCACAGCUGAUCACUGCCCUGACUUAGCCCUGAAUGUGGAUUCAUUCCAACAUGUCUAAACUUCAGCGUUUGGAUGCCCGUGUGGCCAAGCUUCUCACUGAAGCUGUGCAUGAGGUGUUGGAGAUGGUGAAGGAGACAGUGUUGGAGUAUCAGGAGAAAACUGCCAGAACACAGAGAGAGAAUGAAAAUCUGAAAAGAAAGCUGCAAGAGCUGCAGGACAAAAUAACAAAAGACAGCACACCAGUUCUAGUUCUAAGUGGAUCAUUGCCUUUGGAUAAAGAAGACACAGUGGAUCAGGAGCAGGAUUUAAGUCUCACUCAGAGACAAAUGUCAGAAUUCACUGAUGUAGAUCAGAGAGAAAUCCACAGCUACAUGUCUGUCCAUGAUGUGAAGCAGGAAUCCAGAGAAGAGAACUACAUUAAUACUGUAGCACACACAGAGGAGGACACAGAGCAUUGUGAAGCAAAAUCAGAAGAUGUGACGUACACAAGUGAGGAGACUGUAACUAUCAACAUGUCACACUUUUCAAACAGGGGUAACAGUUCUGUCUUAUCUGAUAAUGUGUGUGCUUCUCAGUCCACUGCCUCGCUUAGAGAAAACCAGCCUGUUGUCAAAAAAGAAACAGAUCCAACAGACUGUCCAACAGCAGAACCACCAUCACUUCAGAAACAUUACAGUGAAUGUCUGGAAUUUAGCUGCAACUCCUCUCAUCAUAACUCCACGGAGGUACCUCGGCCACAGAUUAUUACUGAAUCUCACGAACAUGUCUUUGUCCACUCUGGUCAUAACAUAUCUAAAAGGCACGUGUUUUCAAAAACCAACGGGACGGCCUUUGAAAUGAGAAGAAUCAGGAAGGAACGUUUCCAAACCAAAGACUCACUUGUGUGCGUCACGUGUGGAAAGUCGUUCAGCCGGGUUGGGAAUCUGAAAAUCCACCAGCGUUGUCACACUGGGGAGAAGCCGUAUGGCUGUGUACAGUGUGGGAGGCGUUUCAGUCAGGCAGGAGACUUGAAAAAGCACAAGAGGGUCCACACGGGGGAGAAACCGUACUACUGCAACCAGUGUGGAAAGAGUUUCAGUAGGAGGGAGAAUCUGAAUCGACACCAGAAAAUCCACAUUGGAGAGACACUACAGUUACAACAAGUGUGGAUUGGGCACCAGUAGUGACUAUAAUUCUCCAUUACAGACUGAGAGAUGAUCAGUCGGUCUGUGGGUGAACCAGAUUCUGACAAUAUGAUGGAAGUACUACUGUUCAUUAUAAUGCAAUAUUUUGCAAAGCUGCCACUAAGGUGAUAUUUUGUAAUUUUUCAAAUGUAAUUCUAGGGAAAUCUUCGCAGUACAAAGAACAAACAAUUGUAUGCAUUGAAUUUAAGAUUUUGUUUUAAAGCAGCGUAUGAUGUUUGCCACCAGUUUUUCAUCAAAUCUGUAAAACCCAAGUGAUAGCCUAAGUAUCACAAAUCCGUUAAUCUUUCUGUGAUUACGCCCCUGAAUCACUUCCCUCAUGGUGAAGGACUUUUAAGUGUACUCCAUCACAAGCAGUCCAUUUGUUUACAUGACAAAUCGAAACCAAACCAUCACCUUUUUGGAAUUCCACGCAGCAGCAAGACUCAAUGAAGCCAAUUCUGUGUUUGUUGCUGCUGCAGCCAUACUGCGGCUGCGUGGAAUUCCCAUUCCCACAAUGCACUGC